AUGUCUCCCGCCUUAAAAUGGCCCCAACUUCAGAGACUUGGACGGCCCUACCGCUGGGUCCCACGAGACUACGGCUUGCCCGUCACCCUGUCUCUCCUCCUGCUGCUCCUCCUGCCACCCAGGACUCACCAGAUGUCCCUAUGGCACUUCCAUGUCCACGGGACAUGGCAAGCUAAAGGUCGGACCCACGCCCGAGUCCUGGGCACGGGAGACUGCCAACCAGAUGGGUGCCAGGCCCUGGUAACAGUCCAGAUCCCCAUCUCUAACACAGAAGGUGUUCCCCUGGGAUGGUCCACCCCCACUGUCUGCUUCACUUACGAUCAGACCCGAGACUAUUGUCAAUGGUGGGAUGAGACCUAUGGGGGGUGCCCCUAUCACUCAUGUAACAUCCAUGUGGCAAAACUAGAUACCAGGAGCUCACUCCGACAAUCCCACCUGCUCACCACAAAUGGCAAGGGUCAAUUAUUCAUCAACAUCAAAGAUCCCUGGGACACAAGAUGGUAA